UGUCUUUUCCCUCUUCCUCUCCUCUCUUCUCCCACGGAGACUUGAAGCAAAAAACAGUAACAAUGGGAAGGAAGAAACUCAUGUCUUUCUCCUCUCUUCUCUUCUCCUACUCAUCUUCUUCUCCAUGCAUCUGGCCUCCCUGCACCAAACCAAAAACCAGUUCUUUCAGACUCCUAACCUCACCCCUCCUCCCCAUCUCCACCUCAUCCCAACAUCAAGCUUCAGAGACCUUCUCCUUCUCCGACCAACCCACAGAGAAAACUUGUGCAGAAGCUGUGCUGGACGGGCUUCGAUCCGACCGGCUAUUCUUCGAUCCAUGCUGCAGCGAAAACAGCUCGAUAAUGGCGGCAGGGUUUCAUGGAGGACUGGCAGUGGAGAAGGAGUCCACAAACCCUUACAGGGAUUUCAGAGCUUCUAUGGAGGAGAUGGUGGAAGCUCAUGGAGAUAGGAACUGGGAAUGGCUGCAGCAAAUGCUUGUGUGGUUUUUGAGAGCAAAUGGGAAAGGGAAUCAUGGCUUGAUUGUUGGUGCUUUCAUUGAUUUGCUUUUAGGGUUUGGUGCCUCUUCUCCUUCUUCCUCCUCCCCUCUUCAUGAUAAAAACCCUAUUUGUUCAUCUUGUUCCUCUAACUCUUCAUUUAUGUUUGACAUUGAUGGGGAUGGAGUGGAGAGAUAUGGUAAUUGUUAGUUUUUUAUUUUCUUAAGAAAAUGUUUUUGAGG